AUGGUUUCCAUGCUGUUCGUCGUCUUGUUCGCGGCGCUGGCCAUGGCCGGCCUCAAGGACCUCGCCUGCUGCGACCCCCUCCGCAAGGACACGCACUGUCCCCCGGACGCGGCCUUUGCGGGCAACGCCUCCUUUGACUUUAUCAACACGGGCCCCGGCGACGAGUUUGACGCGUUCUGGGCCGCCGACAACACCACGCUGCACCACCACGGCCUCGACUUUGACACCAACGGCAACGGCCUGGCCCUGGCGGUGCGCAAGGCCGGCGACGCGCCCACGCUCGUCAGCCACAGGUACCUCCUUUUCGGCAAGGUCAGCGUCACGGCCAAGGCGGCGCGGGGGGCGGGCCUCGUCACCACGCUGUCCCUCAAGUCGGACUCGGGCGACGAAAUCGACUGGGAACUGCUCGGCGCGUACGACAACCAGGCGGCGACCAACUACUUUUACGACGGCAAGGCCCUCUUUGACACGUACAACGACACGUACGCGCUCGACACGUCCUCGUUUGACGACUUUCACACGUACACGGUCGAGUGGACGGACGAGGUGCUCGUCUUUGCCAUCGACGGCACGCCGCGGCGCACGUGGCGCGCGGGCGAGGGAAUGGCGCGCGAGGUCUGGCCGCAGACGCCCAUGCAGGUCAAGCUGGGCGUGUGGGCGGUGGACGCGGACAGCGACGGCGGCGAGGUGUCGUGGGCGGGCGGCGUGCCGGACUGGACCGGGGAGGGCCCGUUUACGGCCGUGUUUCAGUCUGUGACUGUCGAGGACUACGCUGGCUGGUGCAACGAGUUUGGCGACGACGCUGACGACGUCGAGUACCGGUACGACGAGCGGAUGAGGGGCUGGACGGACGUGAGCAUCGUGGGCUGCGCGAGGAGGGCCGCCGCGCCGCUCGCGACGCCGCCGGCGGGGGGCGCAGCCGAGCCCACGGGGUCGGGGGACCAGGAUGAUGGGGCUGUCGUGCGCAAGGUGUCGUCGGGUCUGGCGGCGUUGGUCGGGAUGGGCUGGUUGGCGGUCUUGUAG